AUGAGUCCUCCAGGUGCUAAAGCUUACAUGGGAUGGUGGGGUCACCUUGGCUCCCCAAAGCAAAAGGGUAUUACUUCAUACUCUGUGUCUCCAUAUGCUCAAAAGCCUCUAGCACACUCUAUGCAUAAUGCUGUCUUCAACACUUUUAGAAGAGUAAAGUCGCAAGCAUUGUACGUUUUGAUCCCAGCAGGUAUUUACUAUUACUGGUGGAUUAACAGCAGAGACUACAACGAGUACUUAUACACCAAGGCUGGUAGAGAAGAAUUGGAAAGAGUUAACAACUGA